AUGGAUGAUAAAAAAGCCUUUUUCACAAUCCCACUUGGAUCAAAUAAUAGUGCAGAUUCUACACCACCGCCAUCACAUACACCAUGUUUAGGCGGUAAGCGUAUGGCACAAACACUGUUGAAUAAGCACGCAAAUUUUAUUCCCAGUUAUGUUGGGAUUAAUUUCGACACGGUGAAUAGACAAUUUCCACCGAUUGAAUGUAAUACAGGAUGUAAUGUUGGAUGUAAUCUGUCUAAUCUAGAAGGGACUAAGUUAAAUCCUACACAUUGUGCUCAAUUAAGUGUAGGCAUUAAUGAACAGGCUGUCAAGUUGAGAUUACGUUCUGAAGUGCCUCAUUUAACAAGGAAAGAUAUUACAAAAUUACGACUACCAUUUUAUGAAAUACUUUGUUAUGAACUACUCCAACAUGGAUAUCAUUAUGCCUUUACUGAAUUAUUCAAUCUGUAUCAACGUCAAAUUGAAGAAAGACAAAAAGCUGGUCCUGAAUCUACUUUAUGGUUUAUUCCACCGUUAUCUGAACAACCGGAAAAGUUACGUUUAAUAGCUGAAUACUUAGUUAUUGGAGAAGCUGCAUCAAGGCGUGUAGAUGAUUAUACAGAAUGUAAUGCUUAUAUGAUGUUAGGCUUAGCACUACGUGAUAAUCCUGAUGAUUUAUGGGUUGCAGAAUACUUCUUACGACAUGCACUGUCUGUAGCUGAAAGGAUACAUAAUGAUGAUGGUUUGAAGUUGGCAAAAGCUAAUCAAUAUUAUGGUUUGAUAUUGCAAAGUCAGGGUGAAUAUGCUAAAGCUUUGAAUUGUUUUCAACAAUUCUAUAAUUUAACAAUGAAUAAACAAUGGACAGAUGAUAAUGGUGAAUUACUCAAAAAAUUAGCCACUAACUAUUUAGUUCAAAAUUAUCAUCAUUUAAUUGAUAAUUGUGAUCCUGCUUAUUAUUCUGAUCGAGUGAAUUAUUGUAAAAGUGCUUUAGAUGUGGCUAUACAAAGUAAAGAUUGGUUACUUGAGGCAGAAACACGCCUCAAAAUGGGUAAAUUACAAGAAGAUGCUAAACGUUAUGAUGAUGCUAUUCAGUACUAUCUUGAAUAUUUUGAAGCAGCUAAUCAACACGAUGAUCAUAUCAGUCUUGGAAAAGCUUGUGAGGCUUUAGCAGAUAUAUACCAGAAACGAAAUCAGAUGAAAGAGGCAAUUCUUUAUUUGCAUAAAUUUGCAACUCUUUGUGAACGACAUGGUCAAUGGGCUGAAUUAAGCAGAGCAUGUCAACUUUUAGGCACAGCAUAUGAUUCAGUUGGUGAAUAUGCUUGUGCAUUAAAAUGGAUGAAGAAGGCGUAUAAUCUUCCGAAUAUGAUUCCUAGUUUAAAACAGAAUAAAAGUGAGAUGACUAUGGAGUCUGCACGUAUUAUGCUUGGUGUGUCAAGAGCUCAUCUUAUGAAUAGAAUGUUUGUCACUGCUAUCAUAAAUAAUACACCAAACACGAUAUUAAAAUUAUGUCAAUGGAAAGCAGAUCCAAAAGAUGAAAGUGAAUUAUUUGCAUCAGAAGAUUGUCAGGUUUUAAGUAAACGACUUGUCGGUAAAAAACCUUAUCGUGAUGUAAUAGUCUAUUCAAAGAAUCCAGUGAGUGGAUUCAAUGAUAACCAAAUGAAUCAAUAA